AUGGCGCCCAGCUCGAAAUCAGAAAAGGACGAGGCAAAAACAAAGGCUCAAAGAAAGAAUAAGGACCACCUGGUGAAGCUCCUAGUGCGCGGACAGCUGUGUGGACAGUUUCCCCAGCGACGUUUCAGGAAACUUCCUCCACGAGUUUGUGUCCCGCUGAAGAAUAUUGUGAGUGAGGAGUUCCUCAGAGCAGGACACAUAUUUCUUGGUUUUACCAAAUGUGGUAGAUAUGUUCUGUCAUACACCAGUGACUGUGGAGAAGAUGAUUUUUCUUUCUACACCUAUCAUCUCUUUUGGUGGGAGUUUAACUUGCACAGUAGACUCAAGCAGGUCCACCAUGUCCGGCUCUUUGCAGGAGAAGAAAUUUAUAGCGACCUUUACCUCACUGUCUGUGAAUGGCCGAAUGACACCUCAAAAAUUGUCAUCUUUGGAUUCAAUACACGCAGUUCAAGUUCUGUUUUGAUGAAUCUGAUGAUGGGUGACGAGAAUAACAGGGACAUUUAUAUAACAAUUGCAUCGAUGCCACCACAUAAACCGUGCUCUCAGUGCUGCCCUGUUCCUUCGGCUACAACUAUACGCACAGGGGCAGGAGACUGUCUAGAGCAUGGCUAUGUGCUCAACAGUCGCUAUCAGGUGGUUUACCCUUUUCCCACUUUCCAACCAGCUUUCCAGUUGAAGAAAGACCAGGUUAUAUUCCUCAACACGAGUUACUCUCUUGUUGCUUGUGGAAUCUCGCUCUGUUCAGGAAAUCAAGAUCCAUCGCCUCAAAUCCUCUACACAAAAAAGCUUUCGUCCUCCAACACCACUCCAGCCGCUGCGUCUGUGCCAUCAGUGCUCCAGAGAACUCCAGACAGAAGACCCUCCCACAGCCCCUGUCCUCAGGCCAGUCCUCACACACAGUCUCAGGCUGCUGCUCGCGCCCGAGAGUUUGCAGCAGACCUAUUUAGACGAGCACAAGCCAGUGCUCCAGCUGGAGAGGAAAAGCUGGAAGUUUCUGACGAAAAAUGUGCAAAAGAUAAGAAACAUUUAGAGACUCGGAGUCCGGUGCCAGAGACACAGACACAUUUGCCACAAGCCUCAACCUCUGGUAAUAAUUUACCUACAAGAAUGUUGCCUGAACCCUCCUCCCCUUUGUCACCGGCAACACCUGCUACAAAUGAGGCCGCAUCUGUUGAACCAGGAUAUGUCAACUACUCUCACCUGCAGUACCGCCUCCCACAGCCAGGGACAUCCGAGCAGGGCACAGGACAGACUAGAGGAGGUUAUGAAGAUGAUAAGGUUCAGCUGCCCUUCACAGUCACUGACCUCAAAGGCAGAAAUCUUGAACUUGUUAAUGGGACGUAUGAUGGACAAUGCGUCUCGGUGGAGCAGUUGACUCUGGACUUUGAAUAUCUUAUCAACGAGGUGAUCAGAAAUGAUGCAUCCUGGGCCCCGCAAUUCUGCUCCUUCAGUGACUAUGAUGUAGUGAUUUUGGAAGUGUGCCCAGAGACGAACAUAGUUAUGAUCAACAUCGGGCUGUUGUUACUGGCCUUCUCCAACUCGGACGAGGAGCACUGCAGGCCAAACACGUACCACUCAAACCUGCGCGUCAGCUGGGACCUCCACACAGGUGUCUGCUGCACUGUCGGCGUGGGAGACCUGACCGAAGUCAAAGGGCAGACGAGCGGCAGUGUGUGGAGCUCCUAUAGGAAAACCUGUGUCAACACAGUUAUGAAGUGGCUUAUUCCCGAAACUGGCUCUCGCUACAUUAACCGAAUGACCAACGAGGCUCUGCAUAAAGGCUCUUCUCUUCAAGUGCUGGCCGAUAGUGACAGAUGCACCUGGAUUGUACUAUAA